AUGAUAGCCAUUCAUACCCAAGCAAAAGAAGAUGGGAAGUCCUUAUCUGGUCGUGAGAUUGUUGAGAUGGUGUUGAAGAAAAAGGUCAAGUAUGGACCAAAGGAAACAGUUCGUUCGACAAGAGAGAUACAACUGGAAGCAGAAUUGCAAGAGGAAAGAGCUGAAUCUGAGAGAAGAACAAAGGAAUUUGAGGCCAAGAUACAAUCCCAAGAGGAGAAGAUACAAAUUCAGGAUUAG